AUGGAGCGGUCACCGGGGUGGACAUCUGACGCCAACCCGCACCUGUAUGUACAUAAUGUACCUAAGGACAGCAAUGAAGAGGAGCUGCGCUCGAUAUUCGGUCAGUUCGGCCAGGUGGUGAACGUGCGCCUCAAAGUCAACCAGAAAGUAGGACCUCAUGCGGUGUAUGCAUUCGUGACAUUCACCACGACCGACGAAGCCCAGAACGCUCUAAUGCACCUCCAGGGCCAAGAUAUAAGUAAGAAAAGGAAUGAACCAGGCAGAUUCGCCCGCUUGUAG